UCUCUCUCUUGUGCUAUAGCCUCAGACAAGGGCUGAGACGGCGGAGACGACGGCGAUUGAACUUUGCUGCUUUCAACUCUACAUUUUGAAGUUUCUUAAGCUUGCAACUCAUAAUGGGAUUGCUUUCGAGAAGUUAAUCACUGGGUUCUCUCUUUCUCCUCUCCCUGAGUUUUGUCUCGUUUCGGAGUAAAAUUCUCCGUCAUUACCGGUUUUGAUUGACUUGGAGACUAUGAAUCAUUUGGUUUGUGCUUGGACAUUUUGGGGUUUGCUAGUUAGGAGAAGCUGUGUUUUGUAGCAUUGUCAAGUCCCACUUCUAUCGAUCGUGGAUUCGAAUUUCGAUUUUAGUAUAUGAGAUUCGGGUUUCGAGUGAAGGUUUAGUACAUAGGGUUAUGUAAUUGAUCUUCUGUAGAGAAACUCCACGAUCUACUUCUCUGUUUGGGAUGAUUUGAGUCUGUGAGCUAGAAUCUCUUUAUCUAGGCUGAUCAUCAGAAAAUGCAGAUGGCACAGUUUCUUUCACUGGUUCGAGGUGAAUCAGCUGACUCUCCCCGUGAGAUUACUCCCCCCAGUAACCUCAUCGGAGACUCUGGUUCAAACGGGUGGCUUAUCCGCUUUUUUGACUCUUCCUUCUUCUGUGAGUGGAUUGCAGUCAGUUAUUUGUACAAGCACCAGCAUUCUGGUGUCAGGGAUUACUUAUGCAAUAGGAUGUAUACGCUUCCUUUAUCCGGUAUUGAGAGCUAUCUGUUCCAGAUCUGCUACCUGAUGGUGCACAAACCGAGUCCUUCUCUUGAUAAGUUUGUGAUAGAUAUCUGUGGAAAGUCACUUAAAAUAGCUCUGAAAGUGCAUUGGUUUUUGUUGGCUGAACUUGAGGAUUCCGAUGAUAAUGAAGGCAUCGGUAAGAUUCAAGAGAAGUGCCAAACUGCAGCUACUCUGAUGGGUCAGUGGUCUACUCUUAUGCGGCCACAGAACGAGCCUUCAACUCCUGGGAGCAAGAAUCCGGUCCUUAAUAAAUUUCUGUCUUCGAAACACAAGUUCUUCUCAUUGAAUUUAUCUCCUCCCACCCAGAAGUCUUUGUUAUUCUCACCUUCCUCAGGGAGCAACUUGCAGGAUGGUGGUAGUCAGUUAUCUGAGGACGACAAUAAGAUUUUUAAGAGGCUAAUCCCAAGUCCUAAAGUUAGAGAUGCUAUAUUAUUUAGGAAGUCAGCCGACAAAGGUGAUGAGGAAAGUGAAAAGGAAGGAUUCUUCAAGAGACUCAUGAGGGACAGCAGAGGUGAGGACGAUGAACAAGUGUCAAACUCAGAGGGGUUCUUUAAGCGACUUUUAAAGGAAAAUAAAUCAGAAGUGGAGGAGAUACCAAACAACACCGAGGGGUUCUUCAAGAGGAUUUUGAGUGGUAAAGGAGAUGAUGAGGAAUUGACAUCUAGUGCAGAUGGAUUCUUUAAGAGAUUGUUACGAGAUAAGAAAGGAGAUGAAGAGGAAUUGAGUGCAACCUCGGAAAGUUUCUUCAAGAAGUUAUUGCGCGAGAAUAAAAAUGAAGACGAGGAACCAAAUGCAAACUCAGAAGGGUUCUUCAAGAAACUAUUCCGCGAGAGCAAGAAUGAGGAUGAUAGAGUUUCUCACGCAGUGGAUGAUGAGGAAAAAGAUGGGUUUCUCAAAAAACUUUUCUUUGAAAAGUUUGAUGACAAAAAAAUUGAUAAUGAGAGGAAUGAGACAGAUGAAAUUGUGCAUACUGAUGAUAAAUCUGGUGAAGAUAAUGGAAGUGAGGGUUUUUUCAAAAAAUUCUUUAAGGAGAAGUUUGAAGACACACAAGACACUAGCAAAGCCGAUGAUGGGGAUGAAAACGAGGAUGAUGAAUCUUCAGAAUUCUCACUGUUCAAAAAUUUGUUCCGUAAACCUCCAGAAGACAUAAAAACUACUUCAGCAAAUGAAAAUAGCAGCAAUGACGGUAUAGUUGAAAGCAGUCCGGGGACAGAAAACUUUUUCCGCAAAUUGUUCAGAGAUCGUGACCGGUCUGUUGAAGAUUCUGAACUUUUCGGUUCAAAGAAAUAUCUGGAGAAGUGUCCAGGUUCACCUAAACAGCGAAAUGAUACUCCAUCUCAAAAGCCCCCACUGCCAAAUUAUACUGCAGCACAGUUCAGGAAAGGGGCUUACCACAAGUCUUUGGAGUUUGUACAUGCAUUAUGUGAAACGUCGUAUGAUUUAGUAGAUAUUUUUCCCACUGAAGAUCGGAAGACUGCUCUUCGUGAGUCCCUUGCAGAGAUCAAUUCCCAUUUGGCUGAAGCUGAAACUACUGGAGGAAUUUGUUUUCCAAUGGGGAGAGGGGUUUAUCGUGUCAUUAAUAUUCCUGAAGAAGAGUCUACUCUUUUGAAUUCUAGGGAAAAGGUGCCUUAUAUGAUAUGCGUGGAAGUUUUGAAAGCGGAAACACCUAGUGGUGCAAAAGACGCAUCUAAUUCCCUUAAGCUUUCUAAAGGAGGCAUUCCAUUGGCAAAUGGGGAUGCAUUCUUGCAAAAACCACCUCCAUGGGCUUAUCCAUUAUCGACUGCUCAGGAGGUUUACCGUAACAGUUCAGACCGAAUGUCACUUUCAACUGUUCAAGCAAUUGAUGAAGCAAUGACUCAUAAGUCUGAGGUAAAACUUGUGAGUGCAAAUCUCUCGGUGGAGAAGCAUAGUGGUGUGACUGGUGUUCUGAGGACUGGAUUGGACAGUGAUCUUGAGUGGGUUCGGGUGGUGCUUACGGCUGAUCCAGGUCUUAGAAUGGAAAGCAUUGCCGAUCCAGGUCCCCCACGUCGAAAGGAACAUCGUCGUGUUCCAAGUAUUGUUGCCUACGAGGAAGUAAGGGCUGCUGCAGCAAAGGGGGAGGCACCUCCUGGUCUUCCUCUCAAAGGGGCUGGUCAGGAUUCAUCAGAUGCACGGUCAAUGGCCAAUGGUGGAAUGCUGAAAGCAGGUGAUGCCUUAUCUGGUGAAUUUUGGGAGGGGAAGCGACUAAGAAUUCGUAACGAUUCAAUAUAUGGAAGCCUACCGGGUUGGGACUUGCGUUCUAUCAUUGUGAAGAGUGGUGAUGACUGUCGGCAGGAACAUCUUGCGGUGCAACUCAUAUCUCAUUUUUUUGAUAUAUUUCAGGAAGCAGGUCUCCCUCUCUGGCUACGUCCUUAUGAAGUCUUGGUUACAUCUUCAUACACAGCCCUUAUAGAAACAAUUCCAGAUACGGCUUCUAUUCAUUCUAUUAAAAGUAGAUACCCUAACAUCACAAGCUUGCGUGAUUUUUUUUAUGCCAAGUUUAAAGAGAACUCUCCUAGUUUUAAGCUUGCUCAGAGAAAUUUUGUUGAGAGCAUGGCUGGAUAUUCUUUGGUCUGUUACCUUCUGCAGAUAAAAGACCGUCAUAAUGGAAACCUUCUGAUGGAUGAAGAAGGUCACAUUAUACACAUUGAUUUUGGCUUUAUGCUUUCAAAUUCUCCUGGUGGCGUGAACUUCGAGAGUGCCCCAUUUAAGCUCACUAGGGAACUUCUUGAGGUCAUGGAUUCUGAUGCCGAGGGGGUUCCGAGUGAGUUCUUUGACUAUUUCAAGGUGCUAUGCAUCCAAGGAUUCCUAACAUGUCGAAAGCAUGCAGAACGGAUUAUUCUUCUCGUCGAAAUGUUGCAGGAUUCGGGUUUUCCUUGCUUCAAAGGUGGUCCACGCACCAUUCAGAAUCUAAGAAAAAGGUUCCAUCUAAGUUUAACCGAAGAGCAAUGCGUGUCUCUAGUGCUCUCUCUAAUCAGCAGCAGCUUAGAUGCUUGGCGAACCCGACAAUACGAUUACUACCAAAGAGUGUUGAAUGGAAUAUUGUGAUGUUUUGUACAAAAGUUUGAGAUAUGAUCAGUGAAUCAACCUGAUCAGAGACUAAAACAGGUAUACCACUAUGGACUAUGGUUGUGUUGUUCUCCAUGUUCCAUUGCAUGCGACGAACUCUUUUCACAAAUAUAGUAUCAGAGACAUUCGAGCUCCCGAGAGCUCUUGAGGAAAUUAAAAUUACGUACACGACAGAGAGAGAGAGAGAGAGACAUUGUAUGACCAAAAAACACUUUUGUACAUAAGAUGUAGUUUGUUGCAGAGUUUGAUUUUUACUAUCAUCCUAAUCUAUAAAAGAAUCAUGGCAAAGCCAACAAUUAAUUCAUCUUCUUAAUAAACCUUUUAGAUGAAACAAUUGUUUCUUUUUCCCUUUUUAAAUGUAUUUGUGUUUGUGAUCA